UUUACUUCAUAGCUGUUGGUAGUGUUCUGCUUGUUGUGAUAUGUUGUGUAGGCGUAAUGUUUGUGUGAAAUAGUAGGCUUAUAACAUUCGUGCAUCGUAAGUUCUUCGUUUCCAAUGCCUAGUGUGAUAAGCAUGGUCGCUGCUGAGGCGUCUGAUGUUAAAACAUUCCCUUAUUAAGGAAACGUUUAAAUAUCCAAAUUUUUUGAUGGGAAGCAGACGUUGGUGAUGGACGACCAGUAUCGUGAGUGCAAUUAUUGCAAAAUUCCAGUACCAGCUUGUAAAUUUCAUGAACAUCUAAAAACAAAAGCUCAUCGUGAAAGGAGGAUGGCGUCAAAAUUGGAAUGUGGUGUCUAUAUCAGUCAACUACCAUUGAGAGUUACAAAGGAAAUACUAGUGGGAGUAUUGGAAAGGUUUGGUAGAGUUCGUGCGUAUUCUUUAAAUUCACACGCAGGCACAGCCAUAGUUUAUUUUGAAGACAGAGAAGCGGCUGAAGCAUUGCUCAAGUCAUCUGUGCAUGUUUUAAAUCAGCUCAUCCACACAGAACCAAUAUUAGAAUCCAACCUGAAAAAAAGUAAUUCACCUGAAUCUGGCAUCAAUAAUGCAGCUAUUAUUUUUGCUGUUGAGCAAGCUUGUCAGUCACCCAGUACCAACAUGGAAGAGCACAUAGGAAUAGUGCUGGAUUUUAUAAUUUUGAGAGAUCCAGCACGUGAUGACAAGGUGGCAACAAUUGUGGAAGACUUGGAGCAGCAUCUUGCAAAGCUGUUUCCAGAUUGUCGAGCUGAGUUAUUUGGUUCUGCAGUGACGGGGUUAACGCUACCAGGAGAUGCCAUUGACAUAUCAAUAUGCGACGGACCACGUCGAAGAAGUGUGUCGCUGCUGGGGAGUAAAGAAUCUGUUACUAACAUUCGCAAACUUUUGCUGAAUUUUCCGUACAAGUUUGCAAAUAUUGGUGAAAUACCAGAUGCAAGUGAACCUGUGAUAAGAUUCCUCCAUAGGUCUACUCACAUUUUGUGCAAUUUGGUUAUAAAUGACCCUGAAGGUCCUAGAUCUAGUCGCCAGUUGCGUUGGGUGCUGUGCCUGGAUGAACGAAUACGACUAAUUAUUGUAUUCGUAAAAUAUUGGGCAAAAUCUCUUAAACUGAUUAGUAAUGCAAAGUUCUCCAGCUAUGCAAUGACAGUGCUGGUUUUGUUUUACCUUCAACAAAUACCUGAAGCCAUGGUUCCUGCAUUACGUGUAUUGCAUGAUAAAAAUAUUCCUGAAAUGGCAGAAAACAUAACUAACAAGGAUCCUCUGAGAAUAUUAAUUGAAGAAUUUUUCGGUUACUUCUCAGAAGUUAGACUGGAUCGAGUAGUAUUGGCACCAUACAUGGGAGAUGUGCUGGACCGUGAAAUUUUCAUUAGAGGAGGAAUGGCAAUCCCACCAGAAAUGCAGCUGUACAAUAGAAUAAUGUAUAGUGGUGCUAGGCCACUCAGGGUAGAUACCCCUAUGGUUUUACAGGACCCAUAUCAAUUAAAUGUGAAUCUGACCAGUAGAGUUGAUGAAGAAACUGUGUCAGAGUUUCAAAUUAAAUGCAAACAAGCAUAUGAGAUGGUUAAGACCGGAAAUCUGUUGCAUCUUCUGAAAGCACAUUGCUCAUCCACACCAUCAGAAAAAUCUCCAUCCGCUGCAGUUGUUAACACUUCAUUUAAAGCUGCAAGGUUUUUGCAACCAAAUUAUCUUGUACCAGAACCACAAAAUGAAGUUGUACUAGCAAAGAAGGAACUGUUUCAGAGGUGGCUCAAUGUAAUGUUUGUGAUUUUGCCAGACUUCUUGAUAAACUUUGUGAGGUUGCAAGUUGAACCUCAAGAUGUUCCAGCUGAACAGAAUUUCUGGGAACCUCGAGUAAAAGUACCUAGACUGUCAGAGGAGAGCCAUUCCAGCAAGUGGAAUUCAAGUAAAACCACCUCAGAAGAGGGUGUGACAAAAAAGUGGUUAUGCAGGGGAUGUCCCGUUGUAUGCUCUUGGCAGCACCGGAAGAAGGUUGCUGUUGAACUUGAGCUGGCUCCAUCCAUCCACCCAAUGGAGCGUGAAGUCCUAAUUUCAAAGUACUUGGAGCAAUCAUUCCGGAGUGAGGAAGUUUCAUUCUACCUUACUGUAAAAGUAGAUGAAGAUAAGGAGAUGGUUCGCUGUCUGUUCGAGAACCUCGAUAGGAAAACAGAACCGUUUUCAACUGUGGCACACGCACUUGUUACUUUAUUGCCAUUAUGGAUAAAUAAUGCUUUCGAGGUAGGUUUUUCACUGCGAUGUGUUACAGGCGUUUAUAUUCCAGGGGACAUGCAAAUAGGUGCAAGUAGAAAUUUGAACCCAUCUGGAUGUUGGUGAAAUGAAGUGUUGUCAGUUACCUAGAACUCAUCAUCUUGUAAUCUAGAAUACUAAGAGUGUUUCUCUAGUUCAUAAAGUUUAAUUGUGAGAAACUAGUGUGUGGACUAGAAGAGUGUAGUGAACUGGUAAUAUCUGGAAGUUCUAGAAAUAAGUAAUAUUCCAUUUUUUCCUUGUUUAAGUGUAUCAAAAAUACAGAUGUGAGGCAUUAUGAUGCCAGAGACUCUUUGUUGUGUAACUUCUCUUGAUUUUACAUUGGCAACACGUAAUUCUUUUAUGUAGCAUGUUCAGUUAUCUCUGUAUCUAUGUUGUUGUGCUGGAAGAUUUUUUUGCAGAAAUACACAGGUGUAUUUACUGGAGCAGUUUAUGUAAACUAAAUCUGAAGAAAUUAUUUUUGUUUAUUUAUAGGUGGUAAGUUUGUUUAAAUAUUCCAUAUAUACUGCGAAAGCUCUGUCACACCAGCAAAUACUUUUUGAAUUGCUUAUUUAUCCAUUUUUGUAUUGUUCUUGAGUCAUCAGGUAUAUUAGUUACUUUCACCAAUCGUAGUAUCUCCAGAGAGUUACAGUUACCUGUGGUUUCAUGUUUCUUCCUCCAUACAGUAGCUUUUUUACAAUCAUAGAGAGUAGAUAUUUUGUAUAUAUUUGAUUCAUGUCAAGUAAUAAUAAAGACUCUGAAAUUAGUGAACUAA